AUGACUAGACUCGAUGAAAUCCUGCACUCUUUGAGUUUCUACUUCAAUUCAUCAUCAAAUUCCACCAAUUGGAUCGUUUUCAGAGUUGUUUUCACAACAAUUGGUGAAGUCUGUAACUGUAAAGAGAUAUUCCGGCUUAUCUCGUGGUACAACUUCUGCUUUAUGAUGGAGAUUGACUCAGUCAGCAUAGUUGACGGUCGCCAAGCCGGCACAAAAAAUGAGACUUCGGAACCUGUUAAACAGGAGAGGGUUUUGGCCGGUGACGGAAAAUGUUAUUCCUCUACAGACACUGUUCAGGGAAACAAAGCUGAUACAGGUGAGGAGGAGGGAAAUGUAGCAAUGGAUUCCGGUGGUGGUGAUGUGAAUAUGGAGGCUUCAAUCUCAGCUGAUGAUGUAAUGCGGGCAGAGAUUAUGAAGAGCCACAAAAGGAGAUUUGCAGACCAGGGCUCGGCUGGAAAGACGUGA